UUUCUUUCGAACGGCGAGGCGUUUGGACGCAUUCGCGGACCGGGAAAAAGAAUAUCGAAAUCGAAAUCGUGAUUCGAAGUCACCCACGCCGGAGCUUCUUUGACUUCUCUGGCAGCUGCCGCCAAAAGAAAAAUAAAAUAAAAACAAAGUCGUUUUUAUUUGAAGCAGCCGCGCGACGCGCGCUUUUUCGAACCCAUCCAGUCUGACAUGAGCAAGUGAGUCCCAACGAUACGAAGAGGAAUCAUCGAGGAAGAACGAAACCCCCGAAAGGUGGCUUAAUUACUGAGAUUAUACGCAGAUAGUUUGUAGCAACCCAAAUCGAGAAAAUGGGUUUCGUUGCGGAGCACUCCCCGCGAGUCAACAAGACGUUGAUAUCGCUCAAGUUUGUCGUGUUCUUCGUCAUUGCCGGUCUCUCAGCUUUGCAUGUUCUGCACAACACAAAGCCUCUGCUUCUGGGACUGAACUUCUCGGAGUACCGCUUCAUCACCAUUUUGGCGCCUUUUGUCUCCAUUUUGGGUCCCCUGAUUGCUGGUCCCUGGGCAGAUCGCCUGGCUGCCAAGAACCCGAAUACUUUCGGACGGAAUCUGCGAGUGCUGACUGCGGCUUUCCUGCUGCUCUCGGCAUUAACUUACGCUUUCCUGUUCGCUGUGCCCGAUGUUCACCGGCGAGAUGAAAUCCGUGAGCCGUUGGUCAGUUUUGGCUGCGAUGAAACUGGAGGAUUCCUCUUCCAGGAGCGCUGUGGCUCGAACUCAAGCUGCAGCCGAUGGGAUCAGAAGGAGGGUAAAAUUAACCUAACCCGCUGCACGUACAGCUGCCAGAAUCCCAAGCUCUAUGAGCCACUGUACGUGGCCUGGCUGGCCGAGGUUCCCACUCUGGCUCCUUCCACGGAGCCAAGUUCGGAGUUCGACUACGAGGACGAGGGCAGCACUGCGGUCACCGAAAGCCUGCGCACCAGGAGGGACUUGGAGAGCUCGGAUCCAGCGGACAGUGCCGGUGUGGAGGCCAUCAGUGGCGAGGUGCUCCACCACCGAUCCGUCAGACAGAUCAAGAAGCCGCCAAAGAAGGUCUACGUUCAGCCACCGCACGUCUGCCUCACCAAGCGCAAUGAAAAUGGGGAGGAAGUGGUGAAGCACUGCCACGCCUACACCGAGGACACCACCAGCGUGGUCAUGGAUGCCCUCAUGGGAUCCGCGAUCAGCCAGGAGGAGCACUACGACGACUACGAGGGAUGGUGCCAGUACCCACUGGAGGGUUUCCAAUGUCACAUACCCGCCGAACAAGUGACCUACAUGAAGGACUUCAAGGACUACAAGCAGAACGACAGCAACUGCAAGCCGAUGAUCGAGUGCCAGGUGGUGAAUCCUUACUUUGAGAACAGCGUACUUUCCGACAGCGAAUGUACCAAUACCACUGGCAGUGUGGAGGAAACCCUGGUGGGCUACACGAUCAUCCGAGUGAUCGGAGACAUCUUCCCCAUGGCCGCGCUGACCCUUCUGAAUACGGCAAUUGUGAUCGCAGUGCGAGAAACUUCCGAGGGAAGGGGCGAAGUUUGCCGCCAGUAUGUCUGGGGAGCCAUUGGCUUUCUGCUGUUCUUCCAGCAACAUCUAGAUGAGGACUACGCCCUGGCCGCACUCAUUGUGUUCAUUGUGUGCUUUGUUGUGGCUGCCAUAAUCCUGCUCUGCGCCUCGCAAAUGCCACUGAGUCCGCCGGAGUGGUGGUGGCACACAAAGACCGGAAUGCUGGUGGUGCCCAUGUCCGCCAUCCGGCGGUACAGUCCCGAGAUCUUCGUCCUCACACUGGUAUCGAUACUUUUCGGCACCUUCUGGAGCAGCAUCCACAGCUACUUGGUCUGGACCUACUCGCAUACAAUCUUCGGGGCUCUGCUCCUCAUCCUGGUGCUUUUCUUCAACGCGGACAAGUUCAUCGAGUACUGCGGUCACUCGAACAUCUUCAUCGGUGGUCUGGCCAUUUAUGUGAUCAGGUUCACCGCCUUGAGCGAUAACGACACCCAUUGGUUGACCCUCAUCAUGGAGUACAUCGAGCCGGUGGCAAUCGGUCUGAUUUGGAUCACGAUCAUUCUGUAUAUGCGCCAUGCCAUGCCACGAAAACUUACUGCCACUGGACAGGGCAUCGCUGUGUUGGCCUUCUUCGGAUUGGGCAAAGGCUUUGGAGCUCUGAUUGGACUGCUGCGCGAUGAGAAGGAUCCCCAGCUGAAGGACUUCUCCUGCUGCUACCAAUGGCUGGCCGUCGUGGCCUGUGUUGUGGCUCUGGUUUACUUCGCGAUCUACAACCUGAUCCUUGCCCCACGUUGCACCGCCAAGCCGCAGCACUCCGAGGAGUUGAUCUCGGGAUCGGCGUCGCAGAACUUUGGCAAUACGGGAACCGGAACCGGAAAUGGAACCGGAAAUGGCGCUGGCAACGGAGCCGGAAACGGAGCCGGCGCGUCACUCAAUGGCAACGGAAAUGGCAGCUACUCACCACUGAGGGUUUACCACAACGAGAGAGGGAAGAAGGGACAGUUUAGAUACUAAGGAUAGAGUGCGGAAUCCAGAUAACAAUGGAUAAUGUAUUCUUUUCAUGGAUCGCUAAUGGUCCGCCUCUCUCAAAUCGAGUGCGAAUGAUAUUCUUAGUUUUUAAAUGUGUACACCACACGUCAUGCUCCUCCACCUAUCGCCCCCCGCCCGCUCGAGGGCAACACUGCUAAUAGUUUUUAAUGCGUAUUUUUGCUAAGUGUAUACACCAGAAGGAAGAACAACAGAACAGAAAGAAUUAGAGAGAAGAGGAAAAAUAGAAAACAAACAAAAAAACCUUUUUAUAAUCGCAUGUAGAACUUAUUUUAUUUGUUAUUUAAUGCCAACUAAGCGAGUUCAUAAUUUUAAUUGUACCGCAAGGGGGAAGCUGACAGAAAAAAGAAAAGAGCCCAGCAAAGUCAUCAACUGCCAGAGUUUAAUUUGCAACAAUAGCCAUGGAUACAGCAAAAGCAAUAACGACUUCCCCGAACAACACGUCGUUCUCUUUACAACGUUACAAAAAUGAAGGCAUCAAUUUUUAAUGAAACAUUUGCGUGAUUUUACUAAGCAUAAUAUAUGAUGCACUACGAGCAUAUAAAUGUAACAAUAAAACAGAAAAUGUAAUUAUACAAAAAUAUAAUUAAUGGUAAUUAAAUGUUUUCAAAUUAAGCGUAA